AUGAACAAUACGAAUAGCCGUGAUGGUAGUGCUACACGUGUACGAGCACGCGCUCGGCGCCUCUUGCUCCCAGUGUUGGUGUACAUCCAUGGUGGUAGUCAUGAUGUUGGUUACGGCGAUGUUCACGGCGUCGAUUUGCUUAUGGAAAAUGACGUGAUCGUAGUAACGAUCAACUAUCGACUUGGGGUGUUUGGAUUUUUGAAGGAUGAAAAGAACAACAUCACGGGAAACUAUGGACUGAAGGAUCAACUCGUGGCUCUCGAGUGGAUAAAACGCUAUGUUAGCUAUUUCGGUGGUGAUCCCAAUCGUGUCACGGUUAUGGGACACAGUUCUGGCGCUGGUGAUCUCUCCCAUCACCUGUAUAAUGAUCGUGCUCGAGGAUUGUUUCAGGGAGCUAUUCUUCUGAGCGGUUCGAUGCUUUCGCCCUCGGCGUUGCUCUACAAAGGCGAAGAGUGCAUGGAUAAUUAUGUGCAAGACCUCAAUGCAUCGACCGUGGAGGAGCUUCGUGAGAAAUCAUUUGAGGAUUUUUUCCUUGUAAAAAACAGAUAUCGGCACGCAUAUGCCUUCAUCGGUAUGUUCCACCCAUGCUUACCUCCGACACUAGAGGAUCACCCCGACGAUGAAGCGUCAUACUUCAGGCAGUCUCCUCACAAGCUCGUUCGAACGAAGGCUCCACAUCCGAUGCCGGUACUGAUAAGUGAAACCUCCACCGAAUUUGAGCUCAUGCUAAAGCAUGUGUCGGCCCCCGUGAUGAGCAAAAACUUUCCCAACAAUCAACGUCUUGAGCAGCUAAUUCCGAUGUUGGAAAUUUUUCAAUACAUUAGUAUGUGGGUAGUCUUAGUAGGGUUGGAAGACUCACAGAGCCAAUUCUAUCGCAAGAUGGCGAGCAUGGCCAACCUGCAUUAUCCCAUCAAACAGUUGCUGAGUGAGUAUUCGCAACGGGUGGACAGCGAGCAGGUUUACUAUUUACGCUUCCAGUUCGAUGGAAAGUUUGGAGAAUGCAAGAAGAAAAUAUUCGCCGACUACGUGGACAACUCGGUGUACGGUGCGAUCCAUGGAGAUGAGUUGGGGUACAUUUUUAGCCCUUAUAACCUGAAGAAGGCACUAGAGAAUCGUAGCGAAUUCCACCGUGAACUAUCGGUGCACAACAAAACGGUAGAGCUGAUAACUAAUUUCGUGAAAUAUGAAAACCCGACACCGACACGCAAGGAACUGUCUGAUAUUGUCUGGCCUUCGUACAACGAGUCACGCAAUCAAACUCAGUACCUGAACAUAGACGAAGAGUUUAAGCUUGCAUUCGUGACUGCAGAUCACAUUGGCACUAACUCAGCAGAGUGUACCGUUCAGCUGGGACCUCAAUCCACAGCUCAAGGUGUUCCAAAUAUCACAUUUAAUGGUGUGCAAUUUUGUGAAUAUCUUGGUAUUCGGUACGCAAAGCCUCCCGUUGGGCUCCUUCGAUUUGCAGAUCCAGUGCUCGAGGAACCAGACGGUGACAACAACUACACUGCGUACGGUAACAAAUGCCCACAGUUUGAAGACGUCAACAAGCACACUGCCGUGAUCGGAGCGGAGGACUGUCUGGUUUUGAAUAUUUUCACUACCGUGAACAACUCGACUAACCGAAAUGGUAGCGACCAGCUCGUCAUGCUCCCAGUGUUGGUGUUCAUCCAUGGUGGUAGUCAUGUGAUUGGUUCCGGCCAAGUCCACGGCGUCGAUUUGCUUAUGGAAAAUGAAGUGAUCGUAGUAACGAUCGACUAUCGACUUGGGGUGUUUGGAUUUUUGAAGGAUGAAAAGAACAACAUCACGGGAAACUAUGGACUGAAGGAUCAACUCGUGGCUCUCCAGUGGAUACAGCGCUAUGUUAGUUAUUUCGGUGGUGAUCCCAAUCGUGUCACAGUAAUGGGACACAGUUCUGGCGCUGGUGAUCUCUCCCAUCACCUGUAUAACGAUCGUGCUCGAGGAUUGUUUCAGGGAGCUAUUCUUCUAAGCGGUUCGAUGCUUGCGCCCUGGGCGUUGCUUUACGAAGGCGAAGAGUGCAUGGAUGAUUAUGUGCAAGACCUCAACGCAUCGACCCUGGACGUGCUUCGUGAGAAAUCAUUUGAGGAAUUUUUCCUUGUAAAAAACAGAUUUCGGUACACAUUUGCCUUCAUCGGUUUGUUCCACCCAUGCUUACCUCCGACACUAGAGGAUCACCCCGACGAUGAAGCGUCAUACUUCAGGCAGUCUCCUCACAAGCUCGUUCGAACGAAGGCUCCACAUCCGAUGCCGAUACUAAUCGGUGAAACCUCCACAGAGUUUGAGCUCAUGCUAAAGCAUGUGUCGACCCUCGUGAUGAGCAAAAACUUCCCCAACAAUCGACGUCUUGAGCAGCUAACUCCGGUGUUGGAAAUUUUCAAAUACAUUAGUAUGUGGGUAGUCUUAGUAGGGUUGGAAGACUCAAAGGGCCAUUUCUAUCGCAAGAUGGCAAGCAUGGCCAACGCGUAUUAUCCCAUCAAACAGUUGCUGAGUGAGUAUUCGCAACGGGUGGACAGCGAGCAGGUUUACUAUUUACGCUUCCAGUUCGACGGAAAGUUUGGAGAAUGCAAGAAGAAAAUAUUCGCCGACUACGUGGACAACUCGGUGUACGGUGCGAUCCACGGAGACGACAUGAGCUACAUUUUUAGCCCUUAUAACCUGAAGGAGGCACUAGAGAAUCGUAGCGAAUUCCACCGUGAACUAUCGGUGCACAACAAAACGGUAGAGCUGAUAACGAAUUUCGUUAAAUAUGGAAACCCGACACCGAAACGCAGCGAACUGUCUGACCUUGUCUGGCCUUCGUACAACGAGUCUCGCAAUCAAACGCAGUACCUGAACAUAGACGAAGAGUUUCAGGUGCGGGACGUCGAAGAUCGACAAAACAUUUACUUCAUGAUCUGGCAAAUCAUUUAUGAAUGCCUUUACUACGAACAAUGCGAGGCCGUCACGAAACUCCGCCAGCUGUCGAGAGAUACGUUGUGGACAGCACAGUCUACAGGGAAUAAUACAGAUUUAAACACGUAG